UUCUCUCCGGCUCUCAUCCCUCCACCAACUUCGUGGUGCUCGGUGACGGCAAUGAGGGCGGCGCCACCUCCUCUUCUUUUUCUUCGGCCUACGCCUCCAACGCCAUCGAUAUCGAUGCCGGCGCUCGGUGACAAUAAUAAGGGCGGCGCCGGCUCUUUUUCCUCUUCUUCCGCCUAGCUGGCCUCCAUCGCCACCGAUAUCAACACCCACGCUGAAGGAGGAGAAUUCGGAGCAAGCGCGGGUGAGGAGAAAGCUGACGACGGUAAUGGGGUCGCGACCAAGGCAAUGCUCGCUGUCACCAUAAGGGUGAGGAUGAAGGCGCAUCGGUGCUUCUCCAAAGAGCAAGAAAAAAGAUGCAGAUUCAAUCAAACACUUUUUGGGCUAUAAAACCUACCUCAUAGCAAACGUUUCUCCACUUCUCAAAUAGAAGCUAAGUAGCUUUACAAUGGAAGAGCUAGCGGAGUCCGAAGUGAUGUGGCCGAACGACGAGGACCACCCGAUCGGUGAGCCCAGCGAUUCGAUGUCGUCAGACGUGCGAGGCACGGGUUAUUGCCAAUGCACGCGUCCGAUGGACAUACAGUGCGGCACAGCGGAGCGGACCGCCCGGGGAUCAGGACAUAAGGAUGAGGAAGGGGUGGCCGAUGAGAUGGUGCCCCCGCACGUGCUGAUCGAGCUGCGCGGAAGGGCGGCGGGGAACGCGGCCUUCUCGGUGUGCUACGGCCAGGGGAGGACGCUCAAGGGGCGCGAUCUUGCGCACAUGCGAGAUUCCGUGCUCCGCAUGACCGGAUUCCUCGAGGGACAGGGACAGAGCUGAGAAAUAAACCAAAAAUUAUAUGAGGACUGACCUACCGCAAUAUGAGACUGCGUGACUCGAAUUUUAAAACAGUGUGAAUAAUUUAUAUGUAUAUAUGUAUAUAUAUUUGAUUUUGUGUUCUCGAAAAGAUUAUUUGUUUAUGAGUUGAAAAUUCAACUACAUUACAAAGAAAGAUAUGGAGCACCAGUAAUGUUUCGCAAAA